AUGUACCUCAACCCGGUGCUGAACGCCCCCAUGGGCCCAGACGGCUUGCCGCAGCAGGUGCCUGAGGAGGAGGUGCAAGACCACUACGAGGACUUCUACGAGGACGUGUUUGAGGAGCUGGCCAAGUUUGGGGAGCUGGAGAACCUCAACGUGUGCGACAACCUGGCAGACCACCUCGUGGGCAACGUGUACGCCAAGUUCCGGGACGAGGAGGACGCUGCGCGCGCGCUGGCGGCCCUGCAGGGCCGCUACUACGCGGGCCGCCCCGUGCAGGCCGAGUUCUCCCCUGUGACGGACUUCCGGGAGGCGACGUGCCGCCAGUACGAGGAGAACACGUGCAACCGCGGCGGCUACUGCAACUUCAUGCACAUCAAGCCGAUCGGCAGGUGCGCGCGGCGCCGUGGGGCUGGCUGCGAGCGGCCGCCACGCACGGGCUGCAGCGGCCUUGUUGUUUAG